CAUGUUUACCUUCAAAAUUCGGUAAACAAUAUGGCGGCUCACCUGAAGUGAAUUUAAUGAUUCGCACAGAAUGUGAAAAAUUAACAUGCCUUGAAUUUGUUUUUAUGAAUAAUGUUAAAUGAUAUUGUUGUUUGAGGACUAACACUACAAAAUGCCUGCUGUUGACACAAUAUCCAGGGGUCCAAUAGGCCAUCAAGGCCGGAUGGACAAUUCUGGACUGCUUGUUGAAACGAUGCAGUAUGAAGAACCCAGAAAAUCACAGCAUGUCCCUAACCAUUUAUUGGAAACAAAAAUCUACACAAAGAUUGCCCAGAAUUCCAUGGUUAUGGCUAAGCCAUCUGUGAUACACUUCGGAGGAUUUGAAGUGGACAAAAAACAAACUAUAGGGCUCAGCAUUGUAAAUGUUUCAACAGAAGUGAUAAGAAUGCAUAUAGUUCCACCACAGACAAAGUAUUUCUACAUAAAAUAUACAAAGAAUGAGCGGCUAGUUCCUGGAUUGACUCUUGAAUGUACUUUGGAAUUUACACCGGACGAAUGGAGAUAUUACUACGACUGCAUUAGAAUAAACUGCCCGGGAGAAGAGAACUUGGUGAUUCCUAUCCAUGCCUACCCUGUGAUGAGCACAAAGGACUUCCCUCAGCUCUUCAACUUUCCACCUGUACCAGUAGGGCACAAAAUGACCAAGGUGUUUCCCCUGCGCUGUGAGGCCCCCAUAGAUUUUGAGUAUCAGUUGACGUACCUUCAACCACAUCAAGCAUUCUCUGUCCAUCCCAUGACUGGUAUAAUUCCAGCCAAUGGUGAGACGGAGGUGUCAGUCACAUUUUCCCCGAUUGAGUUUCACACGGCGUACAUGAGGGUGCAGCUGGUCAUAUCCCAGUUCAACUCCAGCCCAAUUGUGUGCACCUUUACUGGGACUUCUCUGCCAGGACUUCUCAAGGCUGAGACCCUGAAAGGCUACACGUUCAUGCUGGAGGAGGCAGAUGGGUCUACUGAGUCCCUGCUUGACCCGCGCAGCAUCACCCCCAUGGAACGGGCGAGAAAAAAGAAGAAAAAAGUCACACUUCCCGAGCCCACUAAUGUGAAGACGGAGAUUGAGUACCAAGGAUUAAAGUUCUCCACCCAGCUGGACACACCCUAUGCAGUGGCACAAGUGCUGAAUCAGGAGCCCGGGAAAAUGAGGGCUAAGGACCUUAGAGAAGUGGUUGUUACAAAAGAUUCGAAACCAAAAGUUGCAACAAGACAGAUGAAGGAAGCAAAAUUUGAGCAUGCAGUAAGACAGAAUGUGUACGAAGAGCGACAGAAUCAGCUGCGAUGGCAGUCCAAACUGGGCGACGAACAGAUGACAACAGAGCAACGAGCAAAAGUCUUGUCAGAGAGGAACAAGUCAUGGAAUAUUUAUAAGUACAAGCGGUGUGGGGAGCCAAUAGAAGAUGAGGAAUACGUGCGACAGUGUACGCAUUGUACAUUCAAACGCACGCUGCGUGACAAAAACUGCCUCGGGGCUGAAGAUGCGCAGUUUGACAAAUAUACGAACGAUAUGUGGCAUGUGCGGCAUAAGAACCUGAGCAGAUUUGCUCAAGCUGCAAGAAAGGUGAUCAUCCGUAGGCGUGCUGAAGAUAAAUUGCAGGGUUUGAAAAAAAUGGUGGACGAGUGGAAGCAGAAACAAGUAGCUUCUGAAUCUCUCACAGAUUUUGUCGACCGUAUCACUGAAGUGACAGCCGAACAAAAGGAUAAAAUCUCUGAAGAUCAGAAGAAAGAACUCAAGCCUGUACGCCUCGAGCUUAGCGCUGACAAAAUCAAACGUCUCCAGUUCCCGACUUACGUUCCACCGAAUGUCAAAGACGACAUGGCCCCGGAUGCCCUGGGCUCAGUCCCAUUUAAACCCACUGAGGUUGUUGUGAAGAGGAAGGUGCCCUACUUUGCCCUAAAGGUGCCACUCCAGUACAAGCUAAAUAGUUACAAGGCUGUUGAUGUACAAGACUCUGCCAGUGGAUAUGUACCGCUAAAAAUGUCAAAACCACUCCGAACUGGUGCAGAGGAUGAAGUCAUCAUCUUACCCUCACCGGUCUUUGUCAAGGAACGGUCUGCAGUACAUGUGGAUGCCAGAAAAACCAGUAUGGUCCUGCUUAAAGAAGGGGCCUCCACUCUGCAAGAGGCCAAACCAAUCCAGGCCCCAGUUAUAUCCCUUACACCACCACAGGCCCUUUUCCAGCCCAUGGAGUAUCCACCAUUGCACAUAUUUAACCCAGCCCCUGGCCUGCAAGUGUUCCAGGCCCCUGUCCCCUAUGCUGAGACAGACCCAGACUUUCACCUGUGUCCCCUGCCUCGCUAUACCCGGCGGGACCAUGCCACCAACGUUCAUGCUGCCACUCAGCGACGAUACCUCGAUAGGGAGGAUGUUGUUCGAGGGAUAAUGACGUGGAAGAAGUUCCCCUCCCAGGGACUCACGUCUCUCAGCAACACACCUACCCUAACAAAUGUGUGGGUGCCGAGGUGGGAUGAUCCUUUCGGUAGUGACCUUCUGCCCCUGGAAGGGCCGGCCCCUCUUGAAACCCUUCCAUCAGAGGAUGCAGAAACCAUACUGGAUGUAGAGGAUGAGGAUGAGGAGGGCAGGUCGACCUCACGUAUGGCUGUGAAUCUCACCCCAGAGAUGGUGAACGCCCAGUUUGUGUUGAUAGACCCUUCAACGCCCACAGACGAGAAAGUGCCAGCUGACGCCUUCCCCCAUGGCAACAGGAUGCCAGCCACUAACAUCCCUGUGUCUGCACAUGGGCCAGUGGCCAGAGAGAACAGAGAGGCGGAGCUUGAAUAUUUCAUGACAAAGAAGUACAACAAACUGGGAGCCAAGAUUGAAUCUAGGAACCAAACUCUCAACCAUUUCCUCACGAAUAAAAACCUCCAGUUGAAAUAAACAUUUUGGACUUAAAAUUGAAAAAUAUACAAAUAUUCAGAAAAUCA